CACAUUGUAUCUCUAAGUUUUACACUUGAGCUCAAGCUUUACCUUUCUAGUUCUCUCAUUAGAAGAUAAAACUAAAUUGGUUUCAAAGGGUUUUUUUCUCUACAUCUAGCUUUACUUGGUAUAAGAAUUUCCAACAACUUGAAAAAACUAUCCUUUAUCGGAUUUGGUCUUCACGAACUCAAGCCAAAUGCCUAAGAUCCUCAACGUGAUUUUUAAUAAAAGCAUGGCCCAUACAAUACUGACUUAAGACGGACAAUGAAGCAAAAGCAGGAAAUUCAAGAGGAACAAGACCUUGAAAUCCUCAAGGCUGUGGCACAAGCAUGGCAUGGUCACUCUAGCAGCCUUAGGACCGCCGUCGAAUUCGACCCUCACUGCCAUAAUUUCAAGAGCAAGCCAUCAAGAUUCAAGCUUGAAGCUAUGAGCAAAGUGUCUACCAGGAAAAUUUAUGGUGCAGGUAGCUGGGAUUUUAAGCAAUCCCUUUGGGAUUCUUAUGAGCUUGUAAAUGUAUCCAAAAAGUUAGAGAUGGAGCUAAUGCUAGACCAUCCACUUUCUGCAUUGGAUGAGCUAAACUGGAAUAUUGGUAAGAAGCACGAGGGUGAAAAAAGCUUAAGAGACUUGUUCAACAUGUCAUCGAGGAGAUUUAAUGAAGCUGAACUACCAAAAGAUGAGGGUCUUUUUUUUUUUUAAAACACGUUCUCAUGACUGUAGCUUUCCUAAUAAUAUGUAGAUUCACUUCUGUAACUAGACAUGACAU